ACUCCUACUUUAUAUGCGUACAUACGUACAAAUUGUAGCUGUGUAUUUGACAAGAUAUGGUAUUUUCCAGGGCAGAAUUAGUAAAUAGACCAGUUGCUUCAUUAUAUCUCAAAGAUGGUUCCAAAUUUAGUGGUACGACAUUUGGAGCUGAGAGAAGUAUUUCAGGAGAAGUGGGUAAGUUAUAAUAGGUAUAAAUAUACUAUAAUAUCUUAGUAAAUUUGAUUUUCAUUUUGCUUGAAAAGUAUUCCAAACUGGGAUGGUUGGUUAUCCUGAAUCCCUUACCGAUCCAUCCUACAAAGAUCAGAUUCUCGUUCUCACUUAUCCCAUGAUCGGUAAUUACGGUAUUCCGAAUGAAAAUGAUAAGGAUAACUUUGGAAUAUCGCUUUGGUUCGAAUCGAAUAAAGUACAAAUUGCUGGACUUAUAGUCGGCGAGGUUACUGAAAAUAAAUUCAGCCAUUGGUCAGCUGUUCAAUCUCUUGGACAUUGGUUGAAAAAGUAUAAUAUUCCCGGAUUAACUGGAGUCGAUACCAGGGCUCUAACUAAACAGUUGCGUAACCAUGGCAGCGUUCUAGGAAAAAUUGUCCUGGAUCGGGAUGAUAUCUCUGCUAUUGAAUAUCAAGAUCCUAAUCUUCGAAAUUUAUGUAAAGAGGUUUCAAUACCACAACCAAAAGUUUAUAAUAAAGGUGGAAAAUAUAAGAUAAUUGCCGUUGACUGUGGUAUGAAGCUGAAUCAAAUUCGAUGCUUAUGUUCGAGAAAUGCAGAAGUUACUGUUGUGCCUUGGGAUUAUAAGUUUAGUGAGGUAUCACAAGUAGAUGGUUACUUUUUCUCCAAUGGGCCUGGUGAUCCGGGAUUAUGCUCUGAUACAGUUAACGAAUUAAAAAAGCUUAUGAAAGGAAAUAAACCUAUUUUUGGAAUUUGCCUUGGUCACCAGCUAUUGUCUCUAGCUGCCGGAGGAAAGACUUAUAAGAUGAAAUACGGACAUAGAGGUCACAAUCAACCAUGCACUGUUGCAAAAGCAUUGGGGCCCGUAGCUGCAGGGAGAUGUUAUAUUACAACACAAAAUCAUGGGUUUGCUGUCGAUUAUAAAUCGUUACCUGAUGAAUGGGAAGAAUUAUUUAUAAAUGAAAACGAUGGGACCAACGAGGGUAUCUUUCACCGAACAAAACCAUUCUUUUCUGUUCAAUUUCAUCCUGAACAUAAAGGAGGUCCUGAAGAUAUGGAGAUGCUUUUUGACGUUUUUAUUGAUACCUUGAAUAGUUCUAAUUUGAAACAGAGUUUAACAACUAGAUUAACGAAAACAUCUAGAGAACAACCAAUAGAAGUUGAAAGCCUCAAAAUUAAACCCAGAAAAGUUCUUAUUUUGGGAUCUGGUGGUCUUAGUAUAGGCCAAGCUGGUGAAUUUGAUUAUUCGGGUUCUCAAGCCAUAAAGGCUCUAAAGGAGGAGAAUGUUCAGACUGUUUUGGUCAAUCCUAAUAUUGCAACAGUACAAACGUCUCUCGCCGACAAAGCGUAUUUUGUUCCAUUAACUCCAGAAUACGUUGAACAAGUUAUUGCAAGUGAAAGACCAGAUUCAGUCCUUUUGACUUUUGGUGGACAAACCGCUCUGAAUUGCGGAGUAAAAUUAAGAAAUAAUGAUGUUUUUGACAAAUAUGGAGUAACUGUUCUUGGAACUCCAGUCUCAUCCAUUGAAUCAACGGAAGAUAGACAGAUUUUUGCUGAUAAGAUGUCUGAAAUUGGCGAAUUUGUGGCGCCAAGCGAAGCAGCCUACAACGUUGAUCAGGCUUUAGCAGCUGCCGAAAGAAUUGGUUAUCCUGUCAUGAUUAGAGCUGCAUACGCUUUAGGAGGACUUGGAUCUGGCUUUGCUUUCAAUCCCGAAGAAUUAAGAUCUAUUGUUACGACGGCUUUUGCUCAUACUAACCAAGUUCUUGUUGAUAAGUCAGUUAAAGGGUGGAAGGAAGUAGAAUACGAAGUCGUUAGAGAUGCUUAUGAUAAUUGUGUGACUGUUUGUAACAUGGAAAACGUUGAUCCAUUGGGUAUUCAUACCGGGGAAUCAAUAGUUAUAGCUCCAAGCCAAACAUUAACUAACAAAGAAUAUAACCUAUUGCGUACGGCUGCCAUUAAGAUUGUAAGACAUUUAGGUAUUGUUGGAGAAUGCAAUGUUCAGUAUGCCUUAGAUCCAAAAAGUCUUCAAUAUUAUAUCAUAGAAGUAAAUGCUAGAUUAUCUAGAUCAUCCGCCUUAGCUAGCAAAGCUACAGGAUAUCCUUUGGCUUACGUGGCAGCCAAAUUAGCUCUAGGAUAUUCUCUAGCAGCUUUGAGAAACAAUGUAACAGGAGAAACUACAGCCUGUUUCGAACCAUCGUUGGAUUAUUGUGUUGUUAAAGUUCCCAGAUGGGAUUUAAGUAAAUUUCAAAGAGUAUCCAAAAAGAUAGGUAGUUCCAUGAAAUCUGUGGGAGAGGUUAUGGCCAUCGGAAGAACUUUUGAAGAGGCCCUUCAACGAGCUUUAAGAAUGACCAACGCUUCCAAUACUGGCUUUGAUCCCAAGCUAUUUGAGCCAAAUGAACAAGAAUUAAGGGAGCCCACAGACAGCCGUAUGUUUGUUCUAGCUGCUGCUCUAUAUCAUGGUUGGGAUAUUGAAAAACUUCAUGAGCUUACAGCCAUUGAUUUGUGGUUUCUACAUAAAAUGGAAAAUAUAGUAAUUAUGCAAAAAUUUUUAGAAGAUAUUGAUGGACCAGAAAGUAUUGAUAAAGUUACUUUAUUAAGAGCUAAACAACUCGGAUUCUCAGAUCGGCAAAUUUCAAAUUGUCUCAAAACAUCAGAAACGAAUGUGAGGGAAAGAAGGUUAGAAUUAAGCAUUAGACCCUUUGUGAAACAAAUAGAUACAGUGGCUGCUGAAUGGCCAGCUAAGACUAAUUACCUAUACUUGACAUACAACGGUAGCGAACAUGACAUUAAUUUUAAAGAAAAGCAUGUUAUGGUUUUAGGAUCCGGGGUUUAUCACAUUGGUUCUUCAGUUGAAUUUGAUUGGUGUGCUGUUGGUUGUAUAUGGCAGUUACAAUCAAUGGGCUAUAAAACUAUCAUGCUAAAUUUCAAUCCUGAAACUGUUUCGACAGACUACGAUAUGUGUGAUCGACUCUACUUUCAUGAAAUUUCCUUAGAGGCCGUUAUGGAUAUUUACGAGAUAGAAAAUCCAACUGGUCUCAUUUUAUGUAUGGGAGGACAAUUACCAAAUAAUAUCGCAGUACCAUUAUCGAGAGCAGGUGCUAAAAUUUAUGGAUCAUCUCCAGACACUGUUGAUAAUGCCGAAAAUAGAUUUAAAUUCAGUAGAAUGUUGGACUCUAUUAAAAUUUCACAACCAAGAUGGAAAGAACUAAGCGAUAUAGAAUCUGCAGAAAAGUUUUGUAACACUGUUGGAUACCCUUGUUUAGUCAGACCUUCUUACGUUCUAUCAGGAGCAGCUAUGAAUGUUGCUCACUCACAUCAGGAUCUCAGACAGUAUCUGGAACAGGCAGCUCUUGUUUCAAAAGAUUAUCCCAUUGUAAUAUCGAAAUUUAUUCUUGAUGCUAAGGAAAUUGACGUGGACGCUGUGGCAAAAAAUGGACGUGUUAUAGCCAUGGCCGUUUCCGAGCAUGUAGAAAAUGCCGGAGUUCACUCUGGUGACGCUUCUUUGAUAACUCCACCACGCGAUUUGAACGAUGAAACUUUGGAACAGAUUAAAGCUAUAUGUCGAGCUAUUGGUGAAGCAUUAAUUGUUAAUGGACCAUUUAACAUUCAACUUAUAGCUAAAGAUAAUCAAUUAAAAGUUAUCGAAUGCAAUGUCAGGGUAUCAAGAUCAUUUCCCUUUAUAUCCAAAACUUUGGGUGUAGAUUUAAUUGCUCUUGCAACUAAAGUCGUGAUGAAUGAACAUGUUGAAGAAUUAGGCAUGCUGACUGGAAGAGGUUUGGUUGGUGUUAAAGUUCCUGUCUUCUCAUAUUCUAGACUGGCAGGUGCAGAUGUUCUAUUGGGAGUUGAGAUGGCUUCCACUGGAGAAGUUGCCUGUUUCGGAGAAAAUCAUCACGAGGCAUAUUUGAAAGCCCAGUUAUCAUCAGGCUUUAAAUUCCCUAACAAGAAUAUUCUUUUAUCAAUUGGAAGUUAUAAACACAAACAAGAACUUUUGCCCAGUGUUAAGCUAUUAGAAAAAAUGAAUUUCAACCUAUAUGCUUCAAUAGGCACAGCUGAUUUUUAUUCAACUCAUAAUGUUAAAAUUGAGACUGUUGAUUGGCCUUACGAAGACUCUGAAGAAUCUCGCAGAAAGAGUGCUGUUAAACAAAGAAAUAUAGCGGAUUAUUUAUCGGAAAAGAAAUUCGAUUUAGUUGUGAAUUUGCCAAUGAGAAACGGAGGUAGUCGAGCUGCUAGUGCAUUUGUAACUCAGGGUUACAAAACAAGAAGGAUGGCUGUUGAUUAUUCUGUUCCUUUGAUAACAGAUAUCAAAUGCGUAAAACUGCUUAUUGCAGCUCUGGCUAAAUGCGGCCAUAAGCACCCACCGAUUAUGAGAUCCCACUUUGAUUAUUUGUCUCAUAAAAAUAUUAUUCGCUUGCCAGGCCUGAUUGACGUCCAUGUUCACAUGAGAGAGCCAGGUGGAGAGCAUAAAGAAACAUGGGAAUCAGGAACUCAAGCAGCUCUUGCCGGCGGUAUUACUAUGUUACUCGCUAUGCCUAAUACCAAUCCAUCCAUAGUUGAUUUAGAAAGUUUUGCUAUUGUGGAAGAAAGAGCUAAAAAUAAUGCUAGAUGCGAUUAUGGUAUUUUUGUAGGUGCCAGUGAAGAAAACUAUAAGUUUGCUAAACAAUUAGCAUCAAAGGCUUGCGCUCUUAAGAUGUAUCUAAAUCAAACUUUUACAACUUUAAGAAUGGAUAAAAUGGAUACUUGGGCGUCACAUAUGGCAAGUUGGCCAAAAUCUUUACCCAUAUGUGCUCACGCAGAGAGUCGAACUACUGCUGCCAUAAUUCUCUUAGCUCAACUUUACGAGCGACCAAUUCACAUAUGUCACGUCGCUUUAAGGGAGGAAAUAGAAAUUAUUAAGAAAGCUAAAGAACGUGGUAUAAAAGUGACCUGUGAAGUUGCGCCUCAUCAUUUAUUCCUCUGCCAAGACGAUAUUGACUCAAUUGGAUUAAAGAGGAGCGAUGUUCGUCCUAAAUUAGCAACUAAAGAUGAUCAAAAUGCUCUAUGGGAAAAUAUGUCUGUAAUUGAUAUAUUUGCAACAGAUCACGCUCCUCACACCUUAAGCGAAAAGCAAUCGGACAAUCCACCUCCAGGGUUCCCUGGUAUGGAAACAAUACUACCCCUUCUCUUAACAGCUGUUAAAAACGGCAGAUUGACCAUAGAAGAUAUAGAGAUGAAAAUGUACGAAAAUCCAAGAAAAAUUUUCAAGUUGCCAUCACAACAAGAAACUUACGUUGAAGUUAAUCUAGACGAAGAAUGGACAUUACCACAAACGAAGUAUUUUACAAAAGCUGGAUGGUCACCGUUUGCUGGACGAAAGGUGUCUGGAAAAGUUCUUAAAGUUGUCCUUAGGGGCGAAGUUGCAUUUAUUGAUGGUGUGAUAAUGGCAAAACCUGGAAGUGGCAAAGAUAUUAAAUCACUUUCCCGAACAAUUCUUACUCCAUCACCGCCACCCUCUCUUCAAUCGGAAGCAACUGCUGCUAUUUUAUCACCUCCAAAGAGAGCAGCGAGGGACUCUCGCGAGGUUUCCUUCUCCGAAGUGCUAACGCCUACUGAUCUGCCCAGUGUUCAUGAUCUUUCGCUUCAUUCUCAAGUUAUUCCAGGCAUCACUGGCCAGAACAUCUUAUCUGUUAUGAACUUCACAAGGGAGCAGUUUCAUCAUCUAUUUAAUCUAGCUCAUGCUAUGAAAAGUGCAGUUCAGAAAGAGAGGCCCCUCGAUCACAUUCUUAAAGGAAAAGUACUGGCAUCAGUUUUUUAUGAAGAGUCAACAAGAACUGCGUGUUCAUUUUCUGCUGCCAUGCAAAGAUUAGGUGGCAGUGUAAUAUCUAUUGACAAAAUGAGUUCUUCUGCGAUGAAAGGAGAAAGUCUUUCUGAUUCGAUUAGGAUUAUGGCUGGUUAUUCCGAUCUAGUAGUUUUAAGACAUGGCCAGAAUGAUUUUGAUUCGGUGGCAAAAGUUUCUCAAAAACCUGUAAUCAAUGCUGGAAAUGGUGACGGUGAACAUCCGACUCAAGCCCUUUUGGAUGUUUUCACUAUUCGUGAAGAAAUCGGCACAGUAAAUAACUUGGUUGUAACAAUGUGUGGUGAUCUACGUCACGGAAGAACUGUUCAUUCUUUGGCUAAACUCCUGACUUUGUAUAAAGUCUCAUUAAGAUUCGUUUCCUAUGAAGAUUAUAAGAUGCCAGAUGAAAUUCUUAGCUAUAUCGAGGCGAAAAAAUGCGACUAUCGCGAAUGUGAUUCUCUCGAAAGCGUCUUACCGGAAACUGAUGUUUUAUACAUGACAAGAUUUCAGACAGAACGAGCCGGCGGCAUGAAACUUCAAUAUCCCGAUUCUAUGAUUGUUACACCAAAAUUAAUGUCCAAAGCGAAAAGGAAUAUGAUAGUUAUGCAUCCCCUACCGCGUAAUAAAGAGAUAAGUCAUACUUUCGACACAGAUAUUCGAGCAGUUUAUUUCAAACAAGCAGAAUAUGGAAUGUACGUUAGAAUGGCUCUAUUGGCAAGUGUUCUUGCUAAGAAUUAA